GAGCGGCGGCGGGGCGGCGAUGCCCAGGCCGGGGAAGAGCUCGUAUAGCGACCAGAAGCCGCCUUACUCCUACAUCUCGCUGACGGCCAUGGCCAUCCAGCACUCGGCCGAAAAGAUGCUGCCCCUGAGCGACAUCUACAAGUUCAUCAUGGAGCGCUUCCCCUACUACCGGGAGCACACGCAGCGGUGGCAGAACUCGCUCCGCCACAACCUCUCCUUCAACGACUGCUUCAUCAAGAUCCCGCGCCGCCCCGACCAGCCGGGCAAGGGCAGCUUCUGGGCGCUGCACCCCGACUGCGGGGACAUGUUCGAGAACGGCAGCUUCCUCCGCCGCCGCAAGCGCUUCAAGGUCCUGCGGCCCGAGCACCACCUGCCCGGCGGCGGCGGCGGCGGCGGAGGCGGCGGCGGAGCGGGCGGCGCGGCGAGCGGAGGCCCCGGGAAGCCGCCGGCGCCCGGGGGCCCGCACAUGGCUCACUACUUCCAUCCGCACCCGCCGCCGCCGCCGCCGCCCCCGGGCAAGGUGCCGGGGCUGGCGGGCCCCGAGGCGGCCGUGGCCGCCGCCGCCGCCGCCGCCGCCGUGGGGAGGCUGCCGCAGUUCUCGCCCUACGGCGGCAGCCAGCCCUCGGGCUUCAAGCAUCCCUUCGCCAUCGAGAACAUCAUCGGCAGAGAUUACAAGGGAGUGCUUCAGGCCGGCGGGCUGCCGUUGGCCUCGGUGAUGCACCACCUGGGCUAUCCGGUGCCCAGCGGCGUGGUCGGCUCCGUGUGGCCCCACGUCGGGGUGAUGGACCCCGUGUCCGGCGUGCCCGUGUCCCCCGACUACGGACCCUUCGGGGUGCCCGUGAAGGCGCUCUGCCAUCCGCCGGCGCAGACCAUGCCCGCCGUGCCCGUGCCCAUCAAGCCGGCUCCCGCCAUGCCUGCGCUGACGGUCGCCGCCUCGCAGCUCUGCCCCGCCGCCUCCCCGGCCUCCGCCGCGCUCCUGGAGCAGGCGGCGGGCGCCGCCCCUGAGGGCAAGGGCUCUCUGCACUCCGUCCUGGUGCACUCCUAAGGGCCGGGGCCGGGGGCACGUCGGCUCCCGGGACGGAGACGCGGGGAACACGCGGGACCCGGUGCCCGCGCCCUGCGGUGUCUGUGUUUGUGUUGUGUGCAAUCAGACUUUAUAUGAGCCAGGUCGCAGGUAAGAGCUUUUAUCGUCGUUACGUAUCGUUAGUGACGGAGAGGUGAUGCGGAAGGUCAGGGUCGGGCCGCGCAGGAAGGAUUCGGGGCGGCCGGGGCUCCUGUCGGAGUUUCCCCCACGAACUCUGGGCAGCGGGGCCGGAGUUUGCCGGGCAGCGGGGCGGGAGCAGCGGACGGGCGAAGCCGCCCCUGCGCUCUGUCCUUCCCCGCUUUGCCCCCAGCUCUGCCCCCAGCAGCGUCCGCUCCGCGAGGUGGGGGUCCCGUUCCGAGGGAGGCGGCCGACACGCGGGUAUCGCCGCGGAGCCGCGGGGAGCGAAGUGCUCUCCGUUUGACGAGUGAGCUCUGAGCUGCUCGAUUAAUUAGUGGGGAUUUAAAUGACAACGGCGCUGACGUCGGAGGGCCCCUUUAGCUAUCGGCUGCUCGUUCUUCCCCUCACGCUUCCACACUCCAUCUCAGUGAGGUCCGUUCCCGGGGAGGGACGGCAGUGCGACCUCCCGGGCCGUACCCGAUCCUCCUUAGAAUGAAACCAGCCCCACCAUUCGCGGCUCGCGCGUGCUUGUCGCAUCGCCCCUCGCCGCUCACGGACACCGCUGUUCCGUGUGUGUCGCUUGGCCUUUCCUCCACGUGAGCGUGAACGCUAA